UAAUAAUUAUUACAACAGGAUGUCGAAAGAGGAACAUCUUAUUUGAGAUUACGCCCUGAUCGUGUGGCUAUGCAAGAUGCCACGGCACAAAUGGCAAUGUUACAAUUCAUUUCUAGUGGUCUAAAACGGGUAGCUGUACCAAGUACUAUACAUUGUGACCAUCUUAUUGUAGCUCAAGAAGGAGGCGUCAAAGAUCUUGCUCGAGCUAAAGAACUUAACAAAGAAGUAUUCAAUUUCUUAGCAUCUGCUGGUAACAAAUAUGGCGUAGGAUUCUGGAAACCGGGGUCAGGUAUCAUUCAUCAAAUUAUAUUGGAAAACUAUGCAUUUCCUGGUCUUUUGAUGAUAGGAACUGAUUCCCAUACAACAAAUGGGGGUGGUCUUGGUGGACUUUGUAUUGGCGUUGGGGGUGCAGAUGCUGUGGAUGUAAUGGCUAAUAUUCCCUGGGAAUUAAAAUGCCCCAAGGUCAUUGGUGUUCGACUAACAGGAAAACUAUCUGGCUGGACAUCACCAAAAGACAUCAUUCUCAAAGUAGCAGACAUAUUGACUGUGAAAGGAGGUACCGGUUCUAUUAUAGAAUACCAUGGACCAGGUUGCGACUCUGUAUCAUGCACGGGUAUGGCAACCAUUUGUAACAUGGGCGCUGAAAUCGGUGCAACAACUUCAGUGUUUCCUUACAACAGUCGUAUGUUUGACUAUUUGAAAGCCACCAGGCGAGCUAAAAUUGCUAACGAAGCUAAUAAGUACAAGACUGUACUCCUUAGUCCAGAUGAAGGUGCGAAGUAUGAUCAAAUCAUUGAAAUCAACCUGGACACUCUGGAACCUCAUGUAAAUGGUCCGUUUACUCCUGAUUUGGCUAGCCCAAUCAGCAAACUGGGUGAAAAUGCCAAAAAGAAUGGUUGGCCUGUUGACAUAAAAGUAGGUUUGAUUGGAUCAUGUACCAACAGUUCUUAUGAGGAUAUGGGACGUUGUGCUAACAUCGCCAAAGAAGCAAUGAAACACGGUGUUAAAUCGAAGAUUCCUUUCAAUGUUACUCCUGGAUCGGAACAGAUUCGCGCCACAAUUGAAAGAGAUGGUAUUUCUCAAACUUUGGCAGAAUUUGGAGGAACGGUGUUAGCGAAUGCUUGUGGCCCUUGCAUUGGUCAAUGGGACAGAAAAGACGUUAAGAAAGGAGAGAAAAAUACCAUUGUUACAUCAUAUAAUCGUAACUUCACUGGACGUAAUGAUGCCAAUCCUGCCACUCAUUGUUUCGUUACCUCACCAGAACUUGUAACAGCCCUGAGUAUUGCUGGAAGACUGGACUUCAAUCCUCUAGAGGACGAACUCCAAGGGGCGGGCGGUAAGAAAUUCAAGCUGAGUCCUCCCUUCGGGGAUGAACUCCCCAACAAAGGGUUUGAUCCUGGCCAGGAUACAUACGUUGCACCUGUUGAAGAUGGUUCGAAAUUGAGUGUUGAUGUAGAUCCAAAAUCACAACGUCUUCAAUUAUUGCAACCUUUCGACAAGUGGGACGGAAAAGAUUUGGAAGAUAUGACUAUUCUGAUCAAAGUGAAAGGGAAAUGUACCACAGAUCACAUUUCUGCUGCCGGACCGUGGCUGAAGUACCGCGGUCAUCUGGAUAACAUUUCGAACAACAUGUUCAUAAGUGCCACAAAUGCUGAAAAUAACGAACUCAACAAGGUGAAGAAUCAACUCACGGGUGAAUGGGGAGCAGUACCAGACGUAGCUCGUUACUACAAAGCUAAAGGAGUUAAGUGGGUUGCAAUUGGUGACGAAAACUACGGCGAAGGCAGUUCUCGCGAACAUGCCGCCCUUGAACCCAGACAUUUAGGAGCUCGUGCGAUCAUCGUGAAAUCUUUUGCCCGCAUCCAUGAAACUAACUUGAAAAAACAAGGGCUUUUGCCUCUCACUUUCUCCAGCACUAGCGACUAUGACAAAAUCCAACCCUCAGACAAGAUUUCAUUAAAGAAUCUAAAAAAUCUCUCUCCAGGAAAACCAGUUGAAUGCGAAAUCAAGCAUGCCGAUGGUAAAGUUGAGAAAAUAUUGCUCAAUCACUCGUUAAACGAUCUUCAAAUAAGUUGGUUCAAAGCCGGAAGUGCACUUAAUCGCAUGAAAGAAUUAUCUCACUAAUGUAGACAAAUUAUUUGAAUAAUUCUUAGUUAUUUAAGAAAUAAUCCUAUGAAUCUCAUAGUUAUAUUCAGUUAUAAUUUUAAGCAAAUUUUUUCUUGCAAUU